UUUAUUCUCUCUGUGAAUUUAUAGUCAUUUUUGUUAAAUUGUUUUCUAUUCUCUAUUAUUUGUCUUGAUUAUAUAUCUGUCUCUUCCUAUCUCUUUCUAUCUCCUUCAUUUUCACCAUGAUUGGUUCAUCAUUAUUCAACAUUGACAAUGGUUACUUUGAAGGUCUUGUUAGAGGCUUUAAAUGUGGAAUCCUUAAGCAAAGUGAUUACCUGAAUUUAGUCCAAUGUGAAACUCUUGAAGAUAUCAAGUUACAUUUACAGAGUACUGAUUAUGGAAGUUUCUUGGCCAAUGAACCAUUACCAUUGUCGGUUUCCGUUAUUGAGGAUAAAUUACGUGAAAAAUUGGUCACUGAAUUUCUUCAUAUAAGAAAUCAAUCCUGUGAACCUCUUUCAAGUUUCCUUGAUUAUAUUACUUACGGUUACAUGAUUGACAAUGUUAUCUUGCUUAUCACUGGUACACUCCAUCAACGACCCAUCCCCGAAUUGAUUGACAAAUGUCAUCCUCUUGGUAAAUUUGAUCAAAUGGAAGCAAUUAAUGUGGCCAAUAAUCCAGCCGAUCUUUACAAUGCUAUUCUUGUUGAUACACCAUUGGCACCUUAUUUUGUUGAUUGUCUUUCUGAACAAGAUAUGGAUGAAAUGAACAUUGAAAUCAUAAGAAAUACCCUGUAUAAGGCAUAUCUUGAAGAUUUCCAUGACUAUUGUGCAAACAUUAUCGGAGGAGCCACAGGAGAAAUCAUGUGUGAGAUACUUGCUUUUGAAGCUGAUCGUCGUGCUUUUGAAAUCACAAUCAACUCUUUUGGAACUGAACUGUCAAAAGAAGAUCGAGUUAAACUAUAUCCACGAUGUGGAAAUCUUAAUCCCGAUGGUUUAGCUGCUCUUGCAAGAGCCGAUGAUUAUGAUCAAGUUCGUGCUGUUGCCGCUUUCUAUUUUAAUUAUAAGCAAAUAUUUGAAGGAGGAUCUGGAAAUGAAGAGAAAUCAUUAGAAGAUCGAUUCUUUGAAUACGAAGUUAAACUUAACGUGAAUGCGUUCCUGCAGCAAUUUCACUUUGGAGUUUUCUUUGCUUAUUUAAAGCUGAAAGAACAGGAAACACGAAACAUUAUUUGGAUUGCCGAAUGUGUUUCACAGAAACACAAGACCAAGAUCGAUAAUUAUAUUCCAAUCUUUGCCUAAUUAUGGAAACAUUUCAGGCCAACAAUCAACUAGAAUCAAGAAACAUUAUCCAAGAAAUUACUGUGAUAAAAGCCUAAUAAUCUGAUGGAAAAGCUCAUAAACAUGCACAGGUCAAAUGUCCAUCUACAACCCACAUCGGUUUAUUUAUACACCAUUUUUACCAUAAUCAAGAAAUCAAACAAUUAAGGGACCAUUAUUUUACUCCUUUUCUCCUGAUUAACUAUUUGCGGCUUUUUAAUGAAAAUUUCUUGAAACUA